AUGAACCGUCCGAGCGUCUUACUUUUGCUCGUCUCGUGCAGUCUCUGCUUAGCCGAGGAGUCACCGUUGAACUCGAGCAAAUCGACUGCAGUCACCGCCGACCCGGUGACCGGAAGCGUAAGCGCGGACUCCGUGAGAACGGCCACGGCACACGCGAGACCCGAACCCGAAGAUGUACCGGACAAAAAGGAAAUGGAAUUAUCCGAGCCUGACCGGAUUCUAUCGAGCCAAUGGCUGGAGAGAGUCUCAGGAAACCUCAGAAGGGAAAAUUCGAAAGUUCACGUUACCAGAUAUGCGCAGGACCGGACGAGAUAUAGACAGAAAAAAGGAAGUAUAAGUAUAAGAAAGGAACUGAAGAGGCUGAAGAAAUUUCUGGAGAGGAAGUUGAACGAGUACGCCGAUUCCGAGAGGGAAAACAAUCAGAUCUCGAGGCAAUCUGAAGAUGAAAUCCGAACUAGAUUACAGGGAUUCGUAGCCAGUCUUUUGAAGUUGAGAAGUGCGACAAGUUCCAGCGAGAUGGACACUGUCGUUUCAAAGAUACAGUCCGCUUUGGGAAAAAAUGAAACUGAUGACACGGGAAAAUUGUCGGGUCUAAAGGAGUCCUUGGAAGCUUUGCACGACACGUUGAAUGGCAUGAAGUUGAUCGAUUUCGAAGAGAAGAUGGGUCAAGAUUCGAAGAGGAGCAAGAGAGAUCUGCUCGCGGAGAUCGAACAGUCUUUGAACUCGAAGGGGAACGGUUUUGUGGGAAAACAGUUUUGGUACGACAACGUCAAAGGGCGCAGAGAUGGGGAGAUUAAAAGGAGGGAGGACGUUGGGAAAGUGGUCCGGCCGAGUCUCGCGAAGUUGGACAGCGACAGCGGGGAGAAUACUUUUUACGGAUUCUUUAAAACGGAACCGGUGGAAGGUUUCCCGGAGGGCGACGUGUUCUUCGCCACGGGCUCUGCCCUAAAUGGAGACGAAAACAGUCGGAAGAAAAUUUCAGAGAUCGACUACGAUGCUGGAACGUGGUUGCAAGACGAUUAUCCUUUUUACGAACCUCUGCAAUUAUUUGGAAAAUCGUUGAACGAUCGGAUGGGAAACCCGAGGAGCUCUGAACUAUGGGAGGUUCAAAACUAUGACUCAAAACUGCCUCGAAAAAGCAACGAUUUUGGUAAUGGGAAAGAAUUUCAAGUUGUAAUGGAAUCGAAUGAGAAAUUUCAAAACGACGAUAGCACUCUGAAUAAUUAUCAUGAUUCUCGUGUUCCAAAAAAUCACAGGUCCACUUAUAGCACGUUGAAUCCUGAGGAAGCUAAACUUGCUUUGGUCAGACAAUUACCUGGUUAUUUAAGUUCAAUUUUCAGGGGAUCCAAUUUUGAGACUGAUUAUAGUGGAAGCCAUAAGUUUAAAAGAGAAGCCACGAACUUGCACGCGGUGCUCGAUCAAGAGAUGAUCAACGAGGACGACGCGAAUUCGAAGGACUGUGACUGUAGAGUGAUUCGAAACUCUAAUUGUAAACCGAAGAGAGAAGCUAUCGAAUCCAUGGAAUCAACGAUAGACAUGGAAACUAUUCCUAGCAAAAAUAAGGGGGUUUUAAAUCUGAGUAAAGAUAUGGGGCAUGCGGAGAUUCACGAAGAUCCAGACGUGGAAGUCUUCGCGGAUCUCAGAGAUUCUUCAAUGGAAAAAUUCAAAAUUCAACCUAAAUUUUCUGAUCACGAAAUGAGCCAGUCAGGUCCUUUUAGAGAUUAUCCUGAAAUGUUCUCCACGAUUGUACCCUCGACAUUAACUUCAACAGAACUUGAAGAUCUGAACCAGCCAAAAUCUUUGGUUCGACGAGGCGAAAGCCAGUUUUUUCGUGAAUCCAGGAAGGAUGGAGAGGAAAAUACGUCGGUUGAUACUGCGGAACGCGCUUCGAGUGGUCAGAAAAAUAUUAAACCCUUCGUUAAUGAGAAAACACUUGAGAAGAAGUCGAAGACUACGAAGACUGUUUCGAGCACGACGUUUAAAACUUUAUCGGAGGAAGCUAUCAGGAAAGAAUCAGAAAAAAAUUAUGACCACAGUUACGCUACCGAAGGGAAUCCGAAACGUCAAACCAAAAUUCAAUUAGCUCUUCAGGAACCUCAGGAAGUUACUGAAGCUCAGUUAUCCAACGUAGGACAGAACAAGAGGCGAACAAAAGCGAGGCCUCGUGAGUCUCAGGCAGCGAAGAGGAUCAGAGCACUGAAAGCUUUGAGAGAUCUGUUUCGCGAAUUUCGACAAAAUCGCCCGAGGCCCACUCAGCUAGGAGCAAAGUCAGUUGGAAAAAUUAGCUCAAAUCCAAGUGAACAGACUCGAAAAAUAAAGGAAAAGAGGAGACCAAUCAAGCAACGCGAUGAUCAAGAACGAUUGAACGACGAGGAAGAUCAAGAGAAUAGAAAUCUAAAAAGGAGAGAAGUUUGGGAGAUGAUCAAGAACAACGAUGAGUUCGAUCGUGAGAAAUUACUUCUGUUAUACGAACCACAAAAUAACGAGUCAAUCGAAAAAGUGCAAGAAGUACCAACGACAGAAGUUCUUCGGACGAAAAAUGUUAGGCAAAGAACUUUCAAUCCCAGCCAACGCAAGAAUUUUGAUGGGACCAUCAUGGAACAUCCUAAUCCUGAUGAACUGAGAAACAAGAUUGUGGAAUUGGCAAAUUUGUAUCAGAGUCAGGUAACUGAGAAAGAGAAACUCGAUGCAACCAAGAAUAAGUCGUACUAUGCUCUGGUGGAAGAUAUAAAGAAACCGCGGAUAUUCCAUUACCAACAGAAGCCAGAGAACGUGGAGAAGAGGAGCCUGCAGGCACGUCGCACGCUUUUCCAUGAUAUCGGGUACGAACGACUCAGACGGUGGCCUCGCGUCAGAGCAGUUGAAUACUCCAGUGAAGAAGAAUCGAACGAAGACAAGGAAUUAUUAGCAGAGUCGAUGUAUCCGAGAACCGAUUCGAGAAAUUAUGAAAUUAUUUGGGAACCUUACUCGUACAGACCUUACAGGAUCGUUCGACAGCGGAAGCGAGAAGACGAGGUCGGGGACUCUCGAGAUUUGUCGCGGUAUACCGGAGAGCUUUUGAAAAUUCUGAUCGAUAACCUCGACUCGCAAACCGCCGAAGAACUUUACAGAAGAUUGACAGGAUAUAACGUAGUUGAGGAUAAAAAGCAAAACUCGAUGCGUUCGAUUUCGAAGAACACGGAGGAACAGUUUGACGAAGCUAAAGAAGUCGGGGGAUUUUCAGAAAACUUUAGAAACAAUUCUACCGACAUGCUUGAUACUGGGAACUAUGGAAAUGAUUCUGCGAAGGAAGAAACGCAAACUCAAGACGAUGUUCGCGAAGAUUCGCAAGAAGUAGCGCGGAUUCGGAAACGAGGGAACACGGGUUCUGGAGAGGAAUAUUUUAAAUUGCCAGAGGAUACUCAUAAUCGUUUGUAUUUAAAGGAAAAUUCAGAGGAGACCUCGGAUAAAAGCUCUUCCAUUAAUAUUUCAAACAAAGAGAUUCCUGUUGAAAAAACACGCGAUGAAACUGGCUUAUUUAUGAAAUCCGAGGAUAUUCAUGAAUACGCGGAAUCGAAUCCAAUCGUCGGUACAAGAAAUCCUUAUGGGGAACUAUCGGAGGACUACGUAGAAUCAGAUUCCACGGGAAGAGGAUCAGAAACGAGCGGGGACGUAUCGAACGUACAAGUGCUUUAUAACUCGAGGGCAGAAGGAAGCGAAAGAAGUAACGAGACCGCGAAUUCGAAAGAAGCGCCGUUUCCUAACAAGCCCGAAGUAUUAAUGGUAUUACCGUGGGCGAGGAGAUACAGCAGACUGCGAAGAGGAGCGGAAGAUCAAGAAAAGAUCAGCGAGAAUGGGAACGCGGAGAAGGUGCAACCGAGGGAGCUGCAACAGUUGGACGAAUUCUCGAGCACGAGCACGCCGGUUACCGAUCCGAUCGACGACGUUGAGAAAUCGCUGAUUCAGAAAAUACCUCUUGAAAAAUUUAAGGCGAAAGACGAUAUCAACAAAAAGAAGAACGUCCGGAAGAACAAGAAGGACGAGGACGGGCUACCGUCUCUCAUAGAGAGGAGCAUACCGAAGUUGGAAAGCGUUUUGGUCGACGGCUUGAAGAAAGCUGAGAAUCUAACGGGCUCGAUGAAGCACUUGAUCGAGAAUCUCGAUGAAAACUAUAACAAGACUAUAAAGAGAGAGCAACCGAAGAGUACCGCCAAGUCGAUAGACGCCGUGCCGAAUACUUUUAAAAGAGCGAUAAAGAGCGUGAAAAAGUUUUUCAUGUUACUUAGCGGCGUCACGCAUCUUCUUCGAGGAUGACGUUAUUCUUUUUUUAUACGCUAUCAUUUUUUACCACAACUUUUUGUAUUUUUCGACUAAAUAAAUACUAUUGAAGGAUACGUACGUUUCAUAUUCAAUGAAUAUGGAGAUCAGUCUCCCAAUUCCAUAUACAAACGAAUUGAUUUACAACUCUUCCAUAAACCAUUAGACCUAUCGGAGAAUUUGGCAACGGUUGUUUAUACAAGCGACAACGUGAAAUAAUAAAAAGUAUAAGCAACGCAACGUUCGAUCUUGUUAUUUAUUGAUGUCCCACAUACUGUAAGAUGCAAUAACAACGUUGCAACAUACGAUUACCUGGCAGAAACAUUUGCAAUGUGAAAACAUCAAAACAUGUUUGAAACUUUGGAAAAUAUAUGCGGCGAAGGGCCAGAUCGCACAGUUGCCCACUGAUUUCCGUACGGCUCGCUUCGAAUACGAAAA